CGCGAUAGUAUUUUUCGCCCGUGUGUUCACACUGCGGUUUGCAGCGAAUUCGCUCAUUUGAAAAAAAUAAAACAUGGCUGGAAGAGGUGGUUAUGAACACGCUAGAGGCGGAUUCGGUGGGGAUCGGGCAUCCAAGCAGUUGCCCACGGAACCACCCUUCAUCGCAUUCGUCGGCAAUCUGCCACAAGGCCUUGUGCAGGGCGAUGUGAUCAAAAUAUUCCAGGACUUUGAGGUGAAGUACGUGCGGCUGGUGAAGGACCGGGAAACGGAUCAGUUCAAAGGCUUCUGCUACGUGGAGUUCGAGACGCUGGACAAUCUGGAGCGGGCGCUAGAGUGCGAUGGUCGGAUCAAACUGGACGAUCUUUCGGCGCCGCUGAGGAUCGAUAUUGCCGAUCGGCGGAAAAAUGAUCGCCCUGGUGGCGGUGUUGGCGGCGGCAACGGCGGCAUGACCCGCGGCGACGGCGGCAGAGACGGUUUCCAGAAGCGCGGCCCACCUCGCCAGGGCGGCAGCAGUCAGUCCUACAGCCGGGGAGGUCCUGGCACUGGCGGCGGCGGUCGGGAGGGCGGCGGCGGUUCGGGUAAUCGCGGCGAUAGUAGAGAUCGGCCGGCAAAUCGUGGUCGGUACGGCAAUUUCAACAACGACGAUCGACCAUUCGAUCGUAACCAGGAUCGGGAUCGCGGACAGCGGGAAGGAAGCUAUGGCAAUCAGUCGCGCGACGGCGAUCGCUACAACAACUUCAGCCGGCACCGCGACCGCGAGCGCACCCACUACAAUCCCAACCAGCAGAGCGAACGUCCCAGUGGCGGCAUGAGCGGCCUCGGCGGCGGCUCCGGCGGAUCGGGAGGCCUUGGCGUUGGCGGUGGCGGCGGCGGCGGUUCCUCAAUGGGCGCCAUUGACGAUAAUGAGCGGCCACGUCUGCAGCUGAAGCCACGGACCAUUGCCGCGCCCAUAAACGCGGUGGCAGAGACCAAGCAAUCGGCCUCGAUCUUUGGCAACGCCAAGCCGCGCGAGGAGAAGCUGAAGGAGCUGCAGCAGAAUGUCAAUCACAACGGCGAUAACUAGAGGGCAGGAGUCGGUCCGCAAUACAAUAUGCCUGAUAUGAUAUUUUGGUGUGCGAGAACGAGGGAAACCGAGAUAGAGCGAGAGAAGGAGAGAAUAUGGAGGAGUAUGAGGAGGAGGAGAAGGAGAAGGAGAACAAGGAGGAGGAGGAGGAUGAUGACAAGAAGGAGCAUCAGCAGCAUGCAUAUAUAAACACAUACAUUAAUUAAUAACACUACGCUACAUACCUAUUAUAUACGAAAGAUAUGUACUACAUUACAAGAUCGAAGAUGAAACAACAGGCUGGCCUCUGUGUCUCUGUGUCAGUGUCCAGUGUCAGUCAGCAAGCAAGCAAGCAACUUAACAGCAGCAAGAGCAACAGCAACAGCAGUAACAUCAGCACAGCAACAAUCAACAUGCAACAUGCAACAUGCAACAUGCAACAUGCACCAUGCAACAUCAGCAACAAAGCCAAGCAGCAAUUAUGCAACCAUUCUAACUCUUUGCAACAACAAAAAACAUCCGCAACAGCAAUGGAAAGUCUAUAAAUGUUAGUCCUUAAGCAGCGAUAAACUUUAGUCUCGUGCAUAUGGCCUAUAUAUAGUAUAUAUACGGUUAUGUGCGAUUCGUGUACAGCAGCUGUAUGCACGCUGCUAUUUGUUAGUUAAGUGAUGCAUAUAAACCAACAAAACAAAACAAAACAAAAGAAAAGUUCUACCAUUAAGGUAUAAAUAGUAAACAAAAAACAAGUAAAACAAAACAAAAAAAUGAAAAGAAUACAAAACAAAAAAAGCAAAAAACUCGAAAAACAAAGCAAAAAUCGAAAACAAAAACUUUUUGACAAAACGUUCAGCGUAGCAGGCAGGCAAUUUAUACAGUUUAUAUAGCAAAAAAAAAAGAUGAAAAAAAAACGAAAAACCCAAAAAAAAAACAUAACGAAAACAAUUAUUGAACAUAUAUACCUUAUGAAAUUUAAAACACCAACAACAGAUCUUACAAAACAAAUCGCAGAAAAGCAGAACAUCAACUACGUACGUAAAAUACAAAAAAAAAGAACGGAAAAGUAAUCGUUGAAGAUCUACUAGAUGAAAUGCGCAGAAACUUUAUAUAGCUACCGAAAAGCAAUCAACUACAUAGGUCGUAUGUAGCUGAAGAUAAAGUUAAAGUCUAAGCAGACCAAACUAUGCAAAUAUUAUUUUGAUAUCCACCCAUUAUACACUUUAACCAUUUAUGUCAAAAUUUAUUUACAACUACCUUCGGUUCAAAUAUUUCUUUGCCUACAUUUGUACAUUUACUUUUCUAAUAUUGAAUUGUCGUGCACAUAGGAUCUGAUUUCUUUGUAGAUACCCUUGAUAUAAGUCGAAAAAAUUAUGGAAAGCAAUGUAUACAUUUUAUUGUUGUUUGUGUGUUUCAAUUAUUAUUUGCAUAAGUAAAAAGCGUUUUUCCCUUCUUAACGACCUCUUCUUUGUUUCAUCACCAGUUUUUUUAAACAAUUUUUUUUUUGGUACCUUGCAAGAGCUGAUUAAUCGCGAAUUGUAAAUUAAUUUGAAAAUAAAGCGAAAAAAAUUAAAUAAGAAUGUACCGUA